GUAAAAAUGGAGGUAUUUCAUUGGCAUGCACAGGCAUGUGCAGGUACUUUCAUAGGGCUGUAUUGAAACUUGCUACCUGCCGCUUUCCACCGUCAGCCCGAUGCUUUCCUCUCUCACAACUCUUCAUCUUACAUUCAUCUAUUUCCUUCUUUCUAUCAACAAACAAACCAGAGCAUCAACAUCUCUUUGACCAAUUGCAUAUCUAUUUCUUUGCGUAUAUUGUUUCUGUCUUACCCAACCUUGUCUGGCCUACAUAACCUGCGCGAUCCACCCUGCCGACACAGCUUCUGGGUUGGCUGCCUGCGAUUCUUGACGCCAAACCAUAUCUAUACCUUUUAAUUUUCUAUAACCGAGUCUUCCAACUGCCUCUGCUCUCUUAUAUCAACUGAUCUAGAGAUUAACCGUACUGAACUUUCUCGAAUUGUUGGCGUGAGCCACGUUUCUUUAACAACAAUGGAUAUCCCGAAUGACUGGCAGAUCGAACAAGCACAUGUUGCCUGGGAUGAUCUGGUUAAUCAAAACAACCAUGAACCUCAACAUAGCACUCAAACCGCUCAGCAAAGUGAACCCCAACCGCAGUCUCAGUCUCAAUAUAAUUAUCAACAUCUUGAUAUAAAUGUUGACACGGCCCUCGAAGAACUAUCACCCACACCAGCCCCUCUAUCAAGCUGGACGGGUCCUUACUUCAACAAAGCAAGCAAUUUCUACAGUAGCCAUGUGCCGAACCUUCUACCAGAAAAGGAUGUCGAGCAGACUCGGCUGUUUGAACUCUAUCGACUGCACAUGGUGUCCUUCGAACUCAACCAGGGGGACACUCUUGUAUUUAUCGACUAUCCUGUCCAUCAUAGAGGCGUUCUCGACUAUACCGACUGCAAUGGCAUAGUCUAUAAGUCACAGAAGUUUCAAGUUCACUCGAGCAAGCUGCUCGAGACUGGUUCUCCCAAAUUCGCCGAACUUCUUGGCCCUACAUACCAAUUCAAAAUCCAACGCCGUCGUAAGAUGGUCAACAAACUACCCGACGGUAUCAAGUAUUUGCUUGAUCUGACUCCACCCUCGGAAGGAGAUGAGUUGGUGUUCCAGAUGACCGAGCUAUCUUUAACUCCUGGGAUUAUUAAAUGGUGGAGCUCAUAUAUUCUUAAUGGCGUUGAUCCAUUCUUAGUUUGUGGCCAUGAUGAUAUUUGUAAGUGCAACAGACAGCCGAAAGGCACAGAAAACAACAAAGAUGUCGAUGCAAACGCCGAGCAUGACAGCGCAACACCCAUUGAGGGGAACACACCUACCGGCUACAGGCUGAAACAACUAAAGCUUGACCCAGAGCGUGCUCUGCAGAUGAAAGCCACGAAUGAAGAUGCGUACGAGACACCUCUAUAUCGGCAUAUUCCUGAUUAUUGCCCAAUUCGCCACCGAAAUGGCAUCGUGAGGCUGCUCAUGUUGAUUGAAGGCAAAGGAUGUAUCCUGGAUUCAGCUCCGAGACUGUUCACCAUCUUGAAGUUGAGUUGCCUCUUCGAAUGCAGCUCCAUGCUUACCGAUCGUGUUACUCAAUGGAUAAUGCACGGCCAGAACACUGCUUUCAUCGAGGUCUUGCCCGAGGAAGCCUUGCAAAUUGGGUCUCUGCUCAAGAUUCCUCCUGUAAUGGACUCUGCUUUCAGGAUCCUCGUCAACGAGCUCGCUCUUAAACUGGCUGACACCAACCCAACAAAACAUAAUGCCCACAGCCAGACGACGAUAUUUGGGAGACGACUGGGCCAACUUCCCGAUGAACUCAGCAACAUUGUGCAGCAUGGGGCACAAGCGCUCGUCGACAGAGUAUCAGACAUCAACACGACCUACAGUAACCCAAAUUUGUUCGGUUCAUGGGACAUCGACGAGUGGGCCAAGCUGCAAGUAACUGAGCAGCUCCUCGAACAGGAAAACACACACCUUAGUCAAAUUGCUUUGAAAAAGCUUCGUCUUCUCAUGAGUGCCCUGACUCACGAAUUUACGCACGCAUGGGAAGACGCGAUAGACUCAGCACCAGUGGAUGGCUUUUCAACAUACAACGGAAUAGAUCGAGACCGCCUGACAUACGUGGAACCCAAGGAUUUUGACAAGAUGACUUUCAUAAUGAUGGACUUUAAUCCAAUUCAGAUGCUACUCUGUGCUGUGCCCUACAAUGAUCUCGGUGUUGAACUGGAUAAUCGAAGAUGGAAUCACAGCAGAUGCAAACUGGAUGGGCACAAGCAUAAAUCAUACACCAGCCUAGUGCAAGAGGCAACAAUUGCCCUCCACGACUUUCUUGCAUGUACGCCGAGGCUAUUCAACAAUCUGUUAUGGAGCCGUAUUCUUGCACUCGGAGACCGCGAAUUCCCAGAAAUGGGUAUGCGUUCCUCACAUGGGCCUAUUGUAUCACUAAAUGCCCUCGAAGCUGCUGUGAAAGAUCGACUGAGGCCGCUAACUCUUUCGUGGAGACGAGAAAAUUUCUGGCCUCCUCUCAACCUGACCCGCCAUUUACUCCUCACACUCACCGAAAACGAACUCAAAUACCUUCCUCUGUGGUGUGGAGGUAAUGAUGACGGAAGUGGAGGCGUAUUUGGGGAUGCAAUUCCCUCAGCAGACUUGCUGGUAGCACCUAAUGGCCCUGGACCUGGCUUCCAUACAGGUUACACAAUUUCAACCCCUUCGAGUGUCUGUGGUUCCAUCAUUGAGGACAUGGAUGCGCUACGAGUCUGGGGAAGUACGUCUGCUGCUUCGAUGACCCAAGACAGACUCAUUGCGUCGGAGUCUUCUUUUACCCUUGGCGAGUCUGAUGUUGAGUUCACGAACGCCAGAUACGCCAUGCCCGCGGACCAUCAGACAAUGGGUGAAGCGGUCAACAUGACAGUCGAGACAACCGAUUCCGAGUCAGCAUCAGUAAUCGAAGCCUGGAGCUCAAACAGAGAUGACAGUGAUGAUGAUGCCUGCAUGUGGGACUCUGAUGAUAGUGAUGAUACGGUUGUCUAAUGAUGAUUUUUGGAACACGAUAACGGGGUAACGGCACCAGAAUCCAAAAAUUGAGCACUCUCCUACGAAUGGGAAUACAUGUCUCUGAAAUAACUUGAGCAUAUAGAUUGGGAGGCAUAGCUACUAUCACUGGCUUUUAGUCUUGAGUGAAAUGGUCAAUAGCUCUUGUGAGUGCUCAUAUAUCGUGUCGUUCCAUGUACUAGUAUUUUCCAUUUCCUGCUAUGCAUGUACCUAAACGCCAAACAUCUGCACGAUAUUUCCAACACAGAUCAACCUCUAUUGAGAGUAUUUCCUGCUCCCUUGGGAUUAUGAUCAACGAACUCAUCCCACUCGCGCUGCUUGUACGUUUCACGAUCUAUAGCGUCCAUAUCGUCCUCAUCCACCACCUUCUUCGGUUCCACACCACCCUGGAGAAUAUUUCCUUGUCUCCUCUCUUCCUCGAGAUACUCAUCGAUGGACAUGGUCGGCAAGUUGUGCCCUGAGCGAAACACAUCUCGUGACAUUUGAUCCCGUGAACCAAGCAGCGUAAAUGGCUGCAAAGGUUUGCCUUGUUUAGACAGUAGCGGACCAGCUUGGAGAGAGUGUAGACGUCGUAGAGGCUGAUCAAGUCGGGAAGAGUGAUCUUCGGGAGAUGGCGCAUUUGUAGCUGAAGGCGCAAGCGGUCGAGGUGCCUGCGCAAGAAUCUCCACCUCACGGUUUAAUGAGUCUAACGCCUGAAGCGCAGAAUGCACCGCGAAAGUGAUUUGCGUCAGGUAAAGCUCCCGCACAAGCUCCUCAUCGCCAUCGUCCAGGUAUCGUGGAUUCCGUCUCAACAUUUCCAACUUCUCUUUUAGCGCUUUCUCAGCGCGAUAAUUCGCAAUCUUGCCAUCUCGUCGCGCCGCAGCAUCAUUACUAGCAACAACAGCAAACCUCUCAGGAUCGUCGCGAUAUCGCUCGAGUACGCGAUCGUAAGGCUUAGGCACUAGGGCAUAGCUGUCGACAGUGGCGAGGAAGCGCUCGUAGGCGGCGCGAGACUUUGAGAGGACCUCAAGGCGUUGGUCAGGGCUUUGAUUGGGGGUUUUUUGUAUGAGCUCCGCAACGUGAGCGUCGAGAAGGAGAUAAGGGAGAUCCGAUGUAGAAACGUCCUCAAGUCCUUCGUUGGAGGAGAAAAGGGCAAGAGCUGAGAUUUGGUCGCGCGCAGAAGAGUAGAGGGAUAGUGCAGCCUCGAGAUCGGAGCGGUAGGCGGGCGAAGUUGCCUCGAAGGCGUUGUCUAAAGCGUGGCGCUUUUCUUCAGCGGCUUCGUAGAGAGAGCGCAGAGAUUGGGGUUCUUCUGAAGACAUGAUAAAUAUAAUUUGCUGUGAUGUGAAGUUUAUUGAAGUAAAUAACGAGGGGCGAAUGUAG